UACCCCGAGCACCGGGCAAUGCAAAACGAACUUGCCCAAUCUCAACACAAGCAACACUACACCGAGCAGCUGUGUUUUUGUCAGAGCUGAGGAGUCGUCCAAACGUCCGCAAGAGUUAAAAGAAAGAGUGAAAGAGGCCACAAUGAAGACCCAAACUACAUUCGCCUUCUCCGUACAACUAUUUGCUCUUUGUUUUCUGGUUGGUGCCAUUUACACAGUGAAUGGUGACUACUGUGAGAUAAAUGUCUGCAGUAAUGGGGGGAGCUGUGUGACCGGCCCCAGAUCUUCCUUCAUCUGUAUCUGCCCUGAUGGCUAUACUGGGGACACAUGCAAUGACACCGAGACUGGGCCCUGCAAUCCAAACCCCUGCAAGAACGACGCCUUCUGCGACGUGACUGGCCAGAAACGCAGAGGGGACGUCUUCAGCGAGUACAUCUGCAAGUGCCAGGAUGGCUUUGACGGAGUCCACUGUCAGAACAAUGUGAAUGACUGUGCCAACCAGCCGUGCCAAAACGGUGGCUUCUGUCGGGACCUGAAUGGAGACUUCAACUGCCGCUGUCCGUCCCCAUACGUGGGCAAGCACUGCCAACUGCGUUGUAUCUCUCUGUUGGGAAUGGAGGGCGGAGGCAUUGCUGAGUCUCAGAUCUCGGCCUCGUCGGUGCGCUACGGAUUCCUGGGCCUGCAGCGCUGGGGGUCUGAGCUGGCACGCCUCAACAACAAGGGCCUGGUUAACGCCUGGACCUCAGCCUCCUAUGACAGGAGCCCCUGGAUAGAGAUUAAUAUGCAGAGGAAGAUGCGUUUCACGGGCAUCGUGACACAGGGCGCCAGCCGCAUGGGGUCAGCAGAGUUCAUCAAGGCCUUUAAAGUGGCGUCCAGUCUGGACGGGAGAACCUACACUAUGUACCGCCUGGACAGACAGACAAAGGACACUGUGUUUGUGGGGAACGUGGACAACGACAGCACCAAGACCAACCUGUUUGACCCUCCAAUCAUCAGCCAGUACUUCCGCAUCAUCCCCGUGGUCUGUCGCAAGGCCUGCACCCUGCGCAUUGAGCUGGUGGGCUGUGAGCUCAAUGUGUAUUCAAACACGGCAGGUUGCUCCGAGCCCCUGGGCAUGAAGUCGCGCCUGCUCGCCGACCGGCAGAUCUCGGCCUCCAGCGUCUACCGCACCUGGGGCAUUGAGGCAUUCGCCUGGCAGCCACACUACGCUCGGCUGGACAAGCAGGGCAAGACCAACGCCUGGACGGCGGACACCACCAAACGCUCUGAGUGGCUGCAGGUAGACCUGGAGUCCCCUAAGAAAAUCACAGGUAUCGUCACCCAGGGGGCCAAGGACUUUGGGGCGGUCCAGUUUGUCUCUGCCUUCAAGGUGUCCUACAGUGACGAUGGGCAGUUCUGGAGCACAGUCAAGGAUGACGUCACCAGCACAGACAAGAUCUUCCCCGGCAACAGCGAUAACAAUGUCCACAAGAAGAACCUGUUCGAGCCGCCGUUUUAUGCCCGAUUCGUCCGCGUCCUGCCGUGGGCGUGGCACGGGCGCAUCACCUUGCGAAUGGAGCUGCUGGGAUGCGACGAGUAGCCCCGCCCAAGUCCCCCCCAAGCCCCCCCCCUUCCUUUCUUUCCAAAACCUCCUGAGCCACACCUGCACUGCCUUGCUAAGAUCUGUAGAGGGCAGCAAAACACCACGCCACCACCACAACCCUGCCCCGACUGAGGAGGUACAAAACCACCUAAUGGUUACUGCUAGAAUUGGGUAGGGGGUAAUCUGAUCCUAGAUCUGUGCUUAAGGUCAACUUGUACCAUCGAGCACACCGACUACUGCUGUGUCAGCCGGAACUGCAUGGACUCUGAAACUGUCCUUCCUAGAUCGGGCCUGUGUUGUGUUCAGAGUUUCAGAGUAGGAGUGCUGAUCUUAUUCAUUAUGAUUUAACACUGCUACUGUAUACGGGCUGAAGGCUGAACGUGAAACCCAUUGACGAUGUACAAUUGUAGCUAAUUUAGCUGAGAUGUUUUUCCCAAUAGAGGGUUUUCACCUGACCGUCCUGAAGUGAGUAGUAGUAUUAUCCAACACACUCGUGUGUAGUGUUAGCUUCCAAGCUGUGACUCUGCAGUGCUUUGGAAGAUGUUUUGCACAACUUUUUUUUGUUUGUGUUUGCUUAAUGAAGACUUAAUGUAACCAUAGACUUGAUACGAAUUGUUUUAAUUUUUUUUAAAGAAAUGUAUACCAAAUGUAUUUUGCUUUGUUUCCAUGUGUAUAGUCUUAGUUAACUAGUCCUAAAUGCAUUAUUGUUCAUUAUUAUUCACGUUUUUACUAAAUUAACAUUUUCAUGUAAGUAUACUGAACAAAAAUAUAAACGCAACGUGCAACAAUUUCAAAGAUUUUAAUGAAGAAAUCAAUCAAUUGCCCUAAUCUAUGGAUUUCACAUGUCUGGCAGUACAGAUAUUGUAUCUGUUGGUCACAGAUACCUUAAACAAAAAAUGGGCCUCAGCAUCUCGUCACGGUAUUUUUUGUGCAUUCAAAUUGCCAUCGAUAAAAUGAAAUUGUGUUCGUUCUCCGUAGCUUAUUCCUGCCCACACCAUAACCCCACCUCUACCAUGGGGCACUCUGUUCACAACGUUGACAUCAGUAAACCGCUCGCUCACACGACGCCAUACACAUGGUCUGCGGUUGUGAGGCCGGUUGGAUGUACUGGCAAACUCUAUAAAAUGAUGUUGGAGGCGGCUUAUGGUAGAUAAUGUUAAUUUAUCUGGCAACACCUCUGGUGGGCAUUCCUGCAUGCAGCUUGCCAAUUGCACGCUCCCUCAGAACUUGAGACAUCCGUGGCAUUGUGUGACAAAACUGCAUAUUUUAGAGUGGCCUUUUAUUGUCCCCAGCACAAGGUCCACAUGUGUAAUGAUCAUGCUGUUUAAUCAGCUUCUUGAUAUGCCACACCUGUCAGGUGGAUGGAUUAUCACUAACAGGGAUGUAAAGACAUUUGUGCUCAAAAUUUAAAAGAAAUAAGCUUUUUAAGCGUAUGGAAAAUUUCUGGGAUCUGUUAUUUCAGUUCAUGAAACAUAGGACCAACACUUUACAUGUUGCCUUUUUAUAUUUUUGUUCAGCGUAGUAGCAAACUUAACAUUUUGAAAGCAUAGAGACUCUUGUUCUGUAAUCUUGUGACAUUCCAAAAUCCCAAAGUCGUUGAAUUGUAUUUUAGUUUAUUAUUUUUUGCCAAAGAGAAUCAAAAAGUGCAGAAGUACUACCUUACAGUAUGUGGUGUUAUAACAUGUGUUAUAACUAAAGUUCGUGGUGUAUUAGAACUCGAUGUACUUUGAUUGUGAUGUCUGUCCUAUAAGAAUUGUUUUAUCACAACUCGCAGUGCGUAAUCAAUGUAAUGCAUUUAUUACUAAUUGACAAAUAUUAUAAAGUAAAAAAUAUAGAAAAUAUCGAGUUAGCAAGUUCCCGACGCUGCCGAAUGUCUUUCUCAGGUCAAGGCAGAUCCAUUCUAGCCUGAUCCCAGAUCUGUUUGUGCUGUCUUGCUAAACACAACCAUAAGAGUUGUCAAGACAGCACAACUGAUCUGGGACAAGGUAGAUCUAUUCAUUUUGUAUGUGCUACUGAUGUCGUUAUAACACUCCAUGAUACACAGCUCCACUCAAUACCACUCAGCCAUGUUUUAAUUUUUUAAAUUUUUUUAUGAUAUGUUUUUUUUUUGUAUUAUAUAUUUUUUAAGGCACUUUCAGAGUCAGUUUGAUUAUUCUUUGCUGAGGUGUGGAAAAUUGUGAAACCCAAAGUUUUCUACAUUGAAGAAAUACAGUAUACAUAUUGACCCUACAUGUAGAUUGAGUGUUGAAAAACAAAGAUUUGUAAUACUAGGCAUCUGUCGUUUCACUGCAUAGGAGAACGUUAUAUAUGGCUUCCAUAAGUUAUCAGGAAGCAAUAUAGAUUUCUCUGUAGAUUUCUGACCAGCAAUAGCAGCCAAAAACCGCAUUUCCAUCAGUUUUAUUUCUGAGCUGGUUAUCCUACCUAGUGUAAAUACUUGUUGUUAUAAAUUGUUCCUAGAAGAUGGAAUGUUUUGCAGCAGACUAAUCAAAUGCCAUCCAUUUCUCACAAGAGGGCCAAAAUUAUGCGUAGAAAUCGAAGGCUGUGGCCACACUGAUAAGAUAGAAAAUGAAAAAAUGUCAUUAAAAAAGAUUUAUACGGUUGCACUGAACGUAUGACAUGACCGGCAAUCUCCAUAUUGCUCCUAGGUCAUAGCUAACAUUGUAAAGAUCCCUCUUAAAUUAUGGGCUUGUGCAAUAAGUUAUUAGUUUUGAUAUGAAUGAAUCUGAAUCAAACACGAACAGCUGGAAACAUGUGGGCGAUAGAUAUACACGCGGACAGCGACGCAUUUUCAAGGCUAUGGAUGGAUGGUAGUGUUAAACACUGUCCAAAUAUUUAUGAUCUUUUGCAGACUGCUUCAAAACAGUUAUCUGAUGUCUGCAUGCAUUGUAUUGACUAUGAUUUCUCAGUUUCAACAGAGAAGUUUUGAUUAUAUUGUUUUUUCUGUACACUUUAAAAAGAAAAUGAUCGUUCAUCAGACUAGUUCUUUCAUUCCACAAUGUCCUGGUUUUAUGAGUCAUGAAAAAAUAUACAAUUGAUGUGUUUCUAUGCAAUAUUAUUAGUUACACAUACUUUACAUCUUACAGUAUUCUGUCUGGAUCUGAUUCAUUUUGUUCAUGUUUGUGUUAAGAGAAUUCCCUUAUGUUUGGCCUUUUGUAACUCUCAAGACAUAAAUAAUAAAGGACUUAAAUGCA